AUGAUUCUCCUGUGCAGUUUCCAGUUUGAUCCUGAACGAUAUAAGGAAGGCGGGAAAGCACUGGAACAACGAGUGGUUGCUUUCGGACUCGGAAAACGAUCUUGCAUAGGAGAGACACUCGCGAAGGCGGAACUUUUCUUAAUUUUGGCGAACAUGAUUUCCCGAUACGAAAUGUUCGAAGAUCCUGAAGCACCCAUUGACCUGAGAUGUGCUUCUCCAGUCGGAAUGAUGCAUCGCCCCAAGAACUUCAACAUUAUACUGAAGCCAACUAUGUGGUUUUGA